AUGUUGAAGGACCUGUUUACCAGUGAAUAUUUUGACUGUGACGACGCCUUCGGACACGGUGCAUUCCAAAGGCGGCUGAUGGUGCUCUGUGCACUCGGCGCUUUCUUGGCGAACACCCACGCCUUGGCUUUCCCGUUGAUCUCAAAUGGAGUGAAAUACAGAUGCAAGCAGCAGUACGCCAAUGACUCGGCAGCCGCCGCCAAGUACGCGAGCGCCGCUCACGAAGCCGGUGGAGAGAUCGGACGGUGUCUCGUCUACGAGGAUCCGAACGACCCUAACGACACGCAGACCGUGCCCUGUCAAGAAUGGGAGUACGACGAAGAAUUGGCGAAGAGGACGGCUGUGAGUGAGUGGAACAUGGUCUGCCGAAACAAGGCACUCAUCGUCAUCAUGUACGCUAUUCAAAACGCUGGACCCGCUGUGCUCGCCUUGGCGGCCGGCCAUAUAGCAGACAAUGUUGGACGUGUGCCCGUGCUCCUGGCAGCGGUUGCGGUGCUCUCGGUCUCAACAGCUGCGAUGUGUAUGUGCCGCGACUACGUAACGCACGCGGUACUCAAGUUCUUCAGCUCAGGAAGCGCCAUCUUGUCCAUGACCACCUCUGCCAUCUCCCUCUUCGAGGUUACGACUCACGACAACAGGCCACUGCACAUAGCUGUAAGCGUCACGCUAGGUCUAUUGGCCGCCGAUUCGUGGUACUUCUUCCUGGUGCCUUGGAACCUGCGGUGGGAACGAAAGCUGUGUAUUUUCAUUCUUCCAGCCUUGUUUCUGCUGCCAGCUUUCCUGACGGUCAGCGAGUCUCCUCGCUGGCUAGUCGCUAACGGGAUGUAUGACAAAGCAGAGCGCGUCAUAAUGGCUGCAGCAGAAAAGAACCACUUUCCCACGACGAACGCCGCAUGCCUGGUUGGUGCGCUUAAGGCGGUCGUGGCGAGGAGGUCUGAUCGCCGAAGGUCCACGUUCGCCGAGGAACUGCUAAACAUGUUCUCCAUCCGACGGCGCGCCUUCGUCAUGUGCGGCUGCUUCUUUUCCAACUCGUUCGCACUGUACGGCAUCACCUUUGCCAAAGGGCAGCUGUACACACCGUGGAUACCGUACAUCGCGUUCACAUUCAACUCGACGGUGUACGCGUUGGCGCACCUGCUCAUCCGAAGGUUCGCCAUGCUCACAGUGAUCACCGUGCUUUUUGCGGCGCUGUGUGCUGUGCAGUGCUUUCUUUGUUUGACCGUCUUCGCCGAAUGGGAAGUCACCACGGAGGCACUGUUGCAGGCGGACAUAGCGCUGUACUAUUCCGGUUCCGUCGUCUGCUUCGUCUACGUCUUGGAACUGUUUCCAACGGCGAUGCGUGCAACUGCCGUUGGUUGGGCCAUCGCUUGCGGUCGCCUCGGUGUCGGAUGUGCGCUAUCCUUUGCGCUUGUCAAGAACACCGGCCACGAGUACCUGGCACCGGCUGCUGCAGGCCUCCUGCUUUUCGCGUCCUUGCUGACGCUACGCAUCUUGCCGCCCGCCACAACUAUUGAGUGCACCAAGAUGUCGUCCCGGGAAAUGUCUGGUCAGACCAAGCAGAGCAUCGAGCACAUGAAGGCCACGCUCGAAACGCAGCUCAAUCAGCGAAGGAAGUCGAAGGCCAGUUCCGAGGGCGGGAGCAAGUCGAUCUCAAACCGCAGCCGCCGCUUCAAGACCAGAAAAUGA